AUGUCAGCCCUGAACUCUGAGAAUGCCACCACACUGGAGAACGCCAUGCAGCUGAUGAUCCAGACCUUCCACAAGUACUCAGGCAAUGAAGGAGACAAGUAUACACUCAGCAAGGCGGAGCUGAAGGAGAUGUUAACCCAGGAGCUGGGAAACUACCUGGGGAACGCGCAGGACAAGGAUGCUGUCGAUAAAGUGAUGGGAGACUUGGACUCGAACAAUGAUGGUGAGGUGGACUUCACGGAGUUCGUCAUCCUCGUGGGCGCACUCACCGUGGCCUGCAACGACUUCUUCCUCGAGUACCACAACGACGACUGCAAGAAGCCUGGCGCCAAACAGUAG